AUGAAGUUCAGCGCACUCCUUAUCGCCAGCACGGCAUCGCUUGCCCUCGCUGUACCUACCGCUACCAUCCAGAAGCGUGCGGACUACUGCGGACAAUGGGACAGCACCGUAACCGGUGACUACACCGUUUACAACAACCUUUGGGGCCAAGCCGAUGCCACCUCUGGUUCUCAAUGCACCGGCGUUGACGGCCUCAGCGGCAGGUCCCUCAAGUGGCACACAUCGUGGUCCUGGACUGGCGGUCCUGGACACGUCAAGUCCUACGCCAACGUCGUCACCAAGAUCACCCAGAAGGCAGUCUCUUCCAUCAAGUCUCUCCCCUCCGUCUGGAAGUGGACCUACGCAGGCGAUGACCUUGUCGCAAACGUCUCCUACGACCUCUUCACCUCUUCAAAGGUCGACGGCUCCCCAGAGUACGAGAUCAUGAUCUGGGUUGGUGCCCUUGGUGGUGCUGGUCCCAUUUCCGCUACGGGAAGCCCCAUUGCUACCGUCAACCUUGCUGGCAACACCUGGAAAUUGUACAACGGAAAGAACGGACAGAUGAACGUCUUCAGCUUCGUUGCAGAGAAGCAGGUCAACAACUUUAAUGGCGACUUGAUGACAUUCGUUAAGGAAAUCACGAGCAAGCAUGGUCUGCCUAGCAGCCAGAUCUUGACUAGUGUCGGUGCUGGAACUGAGCCUUUCUCUGGUAACAAGGCGAAGCUCACUGUUACUGAGUACAGCCUGAGCCAGAGCUAA